AUGUCUGAAAAUAGUAUGUGUCUUUUAAUUAAUAAUUGUACAAGUACAAUAACAACAGCAACAGCAACAACAACAUCUUCAUCAGGUGCAUUAUAUAAAACAAUUCUUAUUAUAGUUGGUGGUACAAUAUUAUCUUUUUUAACAACUGGUGGUAAUUUACUUGUAUUAAUAUCAUUUCGAGUUAAUAAACAAUUACGUACAGUAACAAAUUAUUUUUUAUUAUCACUUGCUAUAGCUGAUUUUACAAUUGGAUUUUUUUCUAUGCCAAUUUUUUUUACAUUUUUUGAACAAGAUCGUUGGCCAUUUGGUUCAUUUCUAUGUCAUGUAUGGCUUAGUGUUGAUUAUACAAUGUCAAAUGCAUCUGUUGCUAAUCUUUUACUUAUUUGUUUUGAUCGAUAUUUUUCUAUAACUCGACCAUUAACAUAUCGAUCAAAACGUACACCAAAACGUGCAUCAAUUAUGAUUGGUUGUGGUUGGAUUAUUUCAUGUCUUAUCUGGACACCGUGGAUUUGGAUUUGGCCUUAUGUUGAUGAAAGAUUACCAGAAGAUGAAUGUCGAUUACCAUUUGCUUCUAAAGCAACAGUGGCAAUACCAACAGCUAUAGCUGCUUUUUAUUUACCAGUAACAUUAAUGUGUUUACUUUAUUUUCGUAUUUAUCGUGAAACAGUUAAACGUCGAAAAGAAUUACAUCGUUUACAAGCUCAAAAUCAUAUAUCAAAUUCUCAAACACCAACAUCAAAUAUUAGUUCAAAUGAUCGUUUAACAAAAAAUAUAAGUACAAUUGGAACAACAUUAAUUAAUGAUGGUGAUGAAAGUAUUUCAACAGAUUCUAAUCGUUCACGUGGAAAAAUUUUAUCUAUACAAAAUUCUUCAACUAAUAAAUUUAUAGAAUCAAAUAAAAUACAAAAAAAUAAAGUUCAUCAUACUUUUAAUUGUUGUCGUAAUAGAAGGUAAAUAUGUUUUUUCAAUUAGUUUUCUAUAUAUAUAUAUAUAUAUA